AGACCACUCCGCGCCAAGCGUGCCAAAGUUGACUUUGAAGGCUUCGAGGUUGGCCGUGUUAUCGGGCAGGGCGCAUUUGGCGUCGUCUACAUUGCCAACGAGGUGCGGCGGAAUAGGAUAGUGGCAAUCAAGCAGCUGCGCAAAACAGACCUCCUCCGCAUGGGCCAGGAGGGCCAUGUUUGCGCUGAGAAAGACUUGCUGCGCACUGCAACAAACAUGCGCGGUGUACGCUGGAUACCCUCGCUUCACUGCGCUUUCCAAGACCGGGAUCACCUCUUCCUGGUGCUCGAGUACAUGGGCGGCGGCGAUCUGUUGACGCUCCUCAUGGCGCGCGGGUGUCUUCCUGAGGACGAGAUGAGAUUCUACGCCGCCGAGAUGAUCCUUGCGCUCCAUCAGGUCCACAAGCUCGGCUACAUCCACCGAGACGUCAAGCCGGACAACUUUCUGUUCACCCACCAGGGUCACAUACGUGUUGCCGACUUUGGUCUUGCCACCGACCUCCACUGGUCGCACGACUCGAGCUACUACGAGCACCAGCGGCGUGCUGUCCUCAAACGCCAUGGCGUGCCGCUUUCACGACCUGCCUUCGGGAAUCGCCGGAGGCGGCUCGAGCUCGCACCAAAUGCGCCACCAGGAUGGGCCGAGAAGCCCAAGCUCAUGAGUUGGCGCAAGCAGCGCCGUCGCAUGGCCUACACGAUCUGCGGAACCAACUCGUACAUGGCCCCAGAAGUGAUACGCGGUGCGGGCUACGGGUUUGGGGCGGACUGGUGGGGCUUGGGUAUCAUCGUGUACGAAGCAUUGUACGGGUCAGUUCCCUUUAUGGGCAACUCGCGGGAAGCGGCGCGCCAAAAGAUUCUCGACUGGAAGCAAAAUCUCAAGUUUCCCAGGUCACCGCGCGCGUCGGUCUUAGCUAUGGACUUUAUCAAGAAGCUGCUGUGCGAGCCAGAGGACCGGCUUGGGUACAUUUCUCAGUCCAAGCGGCGCGGGUCAUUUUCAGCAGUGCCACUCCUGGACGAUCCGCCACUGGGAAGCGACGGCGUGGAGCAGCUCAUGAAUCACCCCUGGUUCUUUGGCAUGGAUUGGCAGACGCUGCACGAGCAGCUCCCACCAUACCAGCCCAAUCUCGAGGCGCCUGAUGACACGCAGCACUUUGACGAUGACAUUCCCGAUGAG